AUGGAGGGAUACAAGCGGCAUAAAAGCUUGAGACUACUCCACAAUGCAAACAACGGUGAGCCAUGUUACAUUGACUUUGAUAGUGUUAGUUACAGCCGGCAGUACUGCAUUAUUCACACCAACAUCCUGUUGAGGAAGGAUUCCUCUAGCGAAGCCAUGAAUGAGGAAGGGCAGCCGAAAUCUAAUUCACUUGGUAUAAAAUCCAAUUCCAAUUUUCAAUCCGACCUUGACUACCCUGCUGGAGAAACCUUCCACGCUGCGGGCAUCAGGAUCAUAGCUUUGCUUUACCUAACGAAAAUGAAAGGCCACUCUUCCUUCAAAUUUUGGCGACCAGUCGCCAUAACUGCAUCUGGAAGCGUGAAGAGUAGCGAAUGCGUCGCGGGUAGCGUCUGGAUGACAGAGUUGAUAACACAUAGGCGGACAUGGUACUUUGUACUAUUUGCCUUUGGUGCACUUGAGUUCCGUCAUAGCAGGAUUCAAGCUCAUCAGAUUGAUAUGCAUCGCUUCAGCUAUAUCAAUGCCCUGCUGAUCCAGACUCAGGGAGUCUGUCUGCCGGAACCGUGUACGAAACGUGAUGAUCAUAGUAAGAGCAUCAAAUAUCCAGCUACUGACGAUCGAGAAUGA